UUUGCUCUGCUUUCAAGAUGCAUUAAGGUCUCCUGCUUUGUGACUGCUUGGGGAGCCAGCACUACCCUGACAUGUACAAUUCGAACCAUGCAGAUUUCAUGACACAAUGGAGAUGCCAGAAAUGACAGCUGGAUAUGUGACUCUGAAGCUCAGGAGAGGUUUAAUCGCGAGAGCCCUCAGAUCACCUAGUGAGGAAGAAUUGACGGAAGAGUUGGAGGACCAAACCAAAGAGCUUCUGAAUGUUUUUAGAGAGGAGGAGUCGGUGAUCGAGACUGAGAAGGAGAAGCCAGUAAGUUAGAAGAACCCGUAGAGAAUGGUGGUUUGGAUGGUAACAUUUCAUUUGUUGCAUUUCCAGUAUCCAGCACCAACUCACCAACAAAGAUUUUACCAAAAACCCUAGGACCGAUAAAUGUGAAUGUUGGACCCCAAAUGAGAUGCUUUCUGCCAUGCUGAUGUAUCAGCCUGAAAUUGUUUCCGUGAACAGCUUGGGCGAGAACCGAACUGUUCAAAAUGGGAGACACUGGAGAACCCAGAUUAUAAGCACACCACAGAGACUGACCAGUUCAGGAAGUGUUCUGAUUGGGAGUCCAUACACCCCUGCACCAGCAAUGGUCACUCAGACACACAUAGCGGAAGCUACUGGCUGGGUCCCAGGCGAUAGAAAACGGGCUAGAGAAUUUAUAGACUCUGAUUUUUCAGAAAGUAAACGAAGCAAAAAAGGAGAUAAAAAUGGAAAAGGCUUGAGACAUUUUUCAAUGAAAGUGUGUGAGAAAGUUCAACGGAAAGGCACAACAUCAUAUAAUGAAGUAGCUGAUGAACUGGUAUCAGAGUUCACCAAUUCAAAUAACCACUUGGCAGCUGAUUCGCAGGCUUAUGACCAGAAGAACAUUAGGCGAAGAGUUUAUGAUGCUUUAAAUGUGCUAAUGGCAAUGAAUAUAAUUUCAAAAGAAAAAAAAGAAAUCAAGUGGAUUGGCCUACCUACCAACUCUGCUCAGGAGUGUCAAAACCUAGAGAUAGAGAAGCAGAGGCGGAUAGAACGGAUAAAGCAGAAGCGGGCCCAGCUGCAAGAGCUCCUCCUGCAGCAAAUCGCUUUCAAAAACCUGGUGCAGAGGAAUCGGCAAAACGAACAGCAGAACCAGGGCCCCCCAGCUCUGAACUCCACCAUUCAACUGCCAUUUAUAAUCAUCAACACAAGCAGGAAAACAGUCAUAGACUGCAGCAUCUCCAGCGACAAGUUUGAAUAUCUUUUCAAUUUUGACAACACCUUUGAGAUCCAUGAUGACAUAGAAGUACUGAAGCGGAUGGGAAUGUCCUUUGGCCUAGAGUCAGGCAAAUGCUCUCUGGAGGAUCUGAAACUUGCUAAAUCACUGGUGCCAAAGGCCUUAGAAGGUUAUAUCACAGAUAUCUCCACGGGACCUUCUUGGUUAAAUCAGGGACUACUUUUGAACUCCACCCAAUCAGUUUCAAAUUUAGACCUGACCACCGGUGCCACCUUGUCCCAAUCAAGUGUAAACCAGGGGUUAAGCUUGGAUGCUGAAGUGGCCUUAGCAACGGGGCAGCUCCUUGCCCCAAACAGUCACCAGUCCAGCAGUGCGGCCUCCCACUGCUCCGAGUCCCGAGGCGAGACCCCCUGCUCGUUCAACGAUGAAGAUGAGGAAGAAGAGGAGGAGGACUCCUCCUCCCCAGAAUAAAGACAGGACAGAACCCACGUUUUCCUGUUCGAUGCUCGUGUGUUUUUAGUGUGAGCUCUUGUUUUUGAAAUGAUUGCUUCAGUCCUUGCCUGUUUGCACUGUGUGUUCAGUGAGAACUAGGGAAACACAAGACGCGAUUACACGCAGGCUGACACCAUCGAGACGGACGUUAACAUAGUGUGAAUAAAAACUGAACAGUAGGGCGGCAGGUCACCUCUCAACACCGCGAGCUUUCCGAGGUGACAGCGGGGACAGUCCCAGGAGAAUUGGGCAGCAUGAACCCAGCUCAUUUAUCUUCUGGCAGGUGGGCUCUCUAUUCCCACACCUGUAACCCUCCUUAGAACCAGGAUUGCUGCGGUGAACAGUCCUCGAUGACCGGGUUUCUCCUGUUUCUCUCCUUAGGAGGCACAAGUGGAGGCAGAAAGCUCCCGGUGGGGAGAGGGGUGCAGGGAGGGAGGCGGGCAGUACUGCAGACCUAGUGGGAAGUAGUUGAGGUGCUUGACGCAUCAGCGGCCUUAGACGGCUUCUAGAAAGGAGCAGCGCUAAUUCUUCAGUACUUAAGUGACACUUAGAAUAAUUUAUAGUAAAACUGAAAUGAUCAUUACUAGCCAAUGCAUUGGUGCAUAUAAUUUUUUAGGGCUACUUCUGGAAGCCAAAAUAGAAUAGCAUUUCCACGUGCGUUGAACACUUUGCCAGCACUGCCUUUGGCCAGCAUUCUCACUCUGGAGUUUCACAGAGAAGGAGACUGUGCCUGUGGUUUUGAACAGAGCUAUGCAUUUCAUACAGCAUUUUCAUUUAAAACAAAGGAACAAAUUCCUGUGACCGAAUCGCUUGCUUACAGUUGCCUGCAGUUUGUGUGAUUUCACCCAGUGUGCAGUUGAUGGAAAUGAAGCAGAUGUCAUCACUUUUCAAAGAAAAGUCAUUUCCAGAAUAGGAACAGCACUGUUUUCCUGUCCAUGUCACCUCUGAUAGUUUCACUUAUCAAAAUGACCUCACUGAGUAUACUCCGGGGUACAUUGCGUUUCACACUAACCCGAUGUUGCGUUUCACAGCAACAACCAAAAACUGGUGAACUCUCCAAGUGGUUGGGGUUAUAGUCGCGCAGCAGCUAGGGUGUCAUUUCAUAGCCAGAGAUGCCGCCGGGAACGCUGGGCUGGCAUGUUCUCAGUUCCUGCUCUGAACAGGAGAGCGUGGAGACAUCUGCCACCAUGGCCAAACCCCAACUUAAUUUCACAGUGAGGCCUUGAAAGGAGCAAAUAAUAAUGGAAAACUAACUCUGCGUCUUUGCUU